AGGAGCUAUGAAAUUGUGGCUCGUUUCCUUUGGUUAGCUUGAUGAACGUCAUUGGUUGACGUCGUUUGCAUGGUUAGCUUGCGGCAAUGCUAACUGUAGUGUCAUUGUAUGCUAAUAAAACAGUUUUUUUUUAAAUAUUAAGGAUAUAUAUACAAUUUGGAACGUGAGUGCCCGUAUCCCAAAGAAACGUUUAACGCUACGUCAAGUUAUUGUAGCGUUUAACAGGGCACAGUAACGACCAAGUUGCUGGCUAAGUUAGCGUUAGCCAAGGCUAUGUAUGCCGUUGUUUGUGAACGUAGUUAGCCUGCCUGUUAGUUAGCUUCCACGUUAACUACCAUUAGCGUUCGGCAAACUCAAAACCAGGCUUGUUUGGUCAUGUGAGAAGCUCGUUGUGAGCAGACAAUACAAAGGGUGUCACGCUCGUCGUAUAACAAUGCUCAGCGUGUGCCACUCUUCUUAUUUAAAAUAUAGUUGGUACUAAUUUAAAGACAUUAGUUAAAGUUGACAUGCUAGCCAUCGUAUUCACUGCUAGCUGGCUAAAACACGGCAAGCUAGAUGAUGCCAUUUUGUUUUUAUGUCAACUUUGACCAUCCCAGCCUUACAUCUUCGAAAUACACAAGGCAUGAAGUUAUUCACAUAGAAGCUCCUGGUUCUUGCUGAACAUUGGACAACAUUCCUCGACGUCCCUUCCUCUUGAUUCAAUGGAAGGGUCUGACAGCUCGGAGCAGGGUGGUAAUGACCAGCCGGAGUCACAGCGCAGGAGACAGCUGGACCGCUUGGACAGGGAGGAGGCCUUCUACCAGUUUGUCAACAAUCUCAGUGAUGAGGACUAUCGCCUCAUGAGAGACAACAAUCUUCUGGGCACCCCAGGAGAGGUAACAGAGGAUGAGCUGUUCAACAGACUUCAGCAAAUCAAAGAUGGUCCAGAACAGCAGAAUAACACUCCUAAUGUUGAAAGUCGAGAAGAGCCUGUCGAACAACCACAAAGCUCUCAGGAUCCUGCCAGCGGGGAUAGUUUGCUAGACUGGCUGCACACAGUGAGGCGCACCGGCAACACAACCAGAACUGGCCAUCGUGGAAACCAAUCGUGGCGUGCAGUAAGCCAGACCAACCCAAACAGUGGUGACUUUCGCUUCAGCCUGGAAAUAAGUAUGAACCGGAACCUGGCUGAACAGCAGGCAGCUGCUGAAGGAGAGCCAGAGUCUCAAGAGCAGACUUCAGAGGCUCAAGUUGUGGAGCCAAAUGCUGAACCCCAGGUCCCCAUGGAGACAGAAGUGGUGGAGGAACCAGUUGUAGAAGAGUUGGCUGUCAUAGUGGAACCAGAGGCUGAACUUGAAGAGGUUGUUUCACAAGAGAUUUUUGAAGAACCUCCCAGCUCCCCUCCUGCCAUGCCAGUACAACCUCCACUCCCUUCAUCUGCACGCAGAGGACAGCGGAGACCCUGCAGCCGCAGUCCAGAACCACGAAGAACCAGGGCUCGUACAGCCAGGAGCCGUUCGCCUCUCAACAUGGAUCAGCUGGACGAUGGCUUCAAUCCACGUCAAGCUCAUAGCUCUCAAGGUCCCAGCCCCGCCACGAAUACCCCUGUGCCUCAGGUGGAGGGCAGUUCUCGGACUCGACAACACAUUUUGUCCAGGCAGAGCACUGCUGAAAGUGAUGCUCAGCCGUCUAGAGCUGGUGCAGAGCCAGUCCCAGAGCCGCAAAACAUCACAUCUCAGGAAGCAGAAGCUACAGGAGGCGAAGGAGGCGCGGCGGGGCGGCGCCCCCCAACUAUCAUGCUAGAUCUACAGGUGCGGCGUGUUCGUCCAGGUGAAUACCGGCAGAGGGAUAGCAUUGCCAAUCGUACGCGCUCACGGUCCCAGAACUCAAACAACACAUUUCUUUAUGAGAGUGAGCGCGGUGGGUUUCAUAGGACUUUCUCACGAUCUGAGCGAGCUGGCGUGAGGACGUACGUCAGUACUAUUCGAAUUCCUAUCCGAAGAAUCUCUGAUCCAGGUUUAGGAGAGGUGACCUCAAUGGCUGUUCAGUCUAUGAUUAGGCAGAUAAUGACUGGUUUUGGUGACUUCAUGGACUCAGACUCAGAUUCUUCAGAUUCAAAUCGUGGCGCCAGCACGCCUGUGGAUCUGGCUGAAGCUCUUAACAGCCAGGCUGCUGCUGCUCCUGCUGCUGCUGCUGCAGAUGUUGAUGAACCGCCUGUGGCUGCUGGAGUUAGAGCAAGGACAGCUGAGCCUGAUGUGGAUGAGACCAUUCCCAUUGGUCCACCUGGCUCUGGUGGCAGGUCUAGACCUAGACCGCCUAUCAGUUUAGAUGAUACCAGCUCACUGCCUUUACUGCGGCUUGCCCACUUCUUCCUCCUAAAUGACGAAGAUGACGACCAGCCCCAGGGACUGACUAAAGAGCAGAUUGACAACCUUUCCAUGCGCAACUUUGGUGAGAGUGAUGCACUGAAGACUUGCAGUGUCUGCAUAACGGAGUAUGCAGAAGGUAACAAACUACGGAAGCUGCCCUGCUCACAUGAGUACCACGUGCACUGCAUUGAUCGCUGGCUGUCCGAGAACUCCACCUGCCCCAUCUGCCGCAGGGCUGUCUUGGUAUCGGCUAACCGAGAGAGUGUGGUGUAGCUCAAAACAGACUGCAGGCCUUUUGUCUCAACCGAAGUAAUCUAAUAUCCCAAGUCCAUGAAAGACUUUGAGGUGUCUCACUGUUGAAAUGUACUUCUUUUGUACCAUUUGUGAGUUUGGUCAUAAUGCAGUCACAGGUUUGAUUUGGGAUGCUCCAUACAGUAACACUGGGACACAUUCAGCCUCUAGGAAGACUUUUGCUAACACAGUCCAAAGUUAGACACUCAGCAAUGCAUGCAGAUUGAACUGACGGGCAAAGACAAAGGAGUUUUUUUUUAAAUGUAGAAAUCCACAGGCACAAACAAACCUGAAAUGUCUCAUAGAGAAACCCCUGGUUCUUAAGGCUGCAGCUUGCAGGUAGUUCAGGCAAAUGUGCCAUUUUGUAUUAGUCCCUAAAAUGGCGCCUUGUAUACCAGUUACCCCUCAUGAAAGUAAUUGCUGUAAAUAAGCUUGUAAAAAUUUUGAAUCAUACUUUGUAUCAUGGGAUUUGUUUUGGAGUGUACAUGAAAGUUUGGCGUUUGCUGGCUGCAGUUACUCUUAGUCUCCCUAAAGUUGGUGUUACUCACAUAGUGUACACAGCAGAAGUAACGAGAGACGGUGAUGUCCGAAGGACGUGGGACAUGAAUUGGUUUGUCAUUUACUGUGGCUCUACCUAUUGUGUUCACCUGAAAGGAAGGAACUGCUCUGCUGGACUGGCAUACACACGGAUUCUUAGUGUGCUGAAUUAUUUAAAACAGUGAAUUUUGUACAGACUUAAGGAUAAGAAGAACUCAAUGAAGUUACUUUUGACAAGUGCAAGGUUAUUUUGAAAUGAUACAGCCUCAUGUUAAUCAUUAAUAAAUUAUCAGAAAUUUGGAAUGUCUCAAUAUUGAUAGUGGUUUUUGAGUUGAUGUGAUUUCUACUUGAAGAACAUUAUAUUAGCAGGCAAUACAGUUCACAUAGUUGCUUUGGCUGUUUCCCCCACGUUAAAGGACUAAUUGUUUUCUUAAGUACAAUAGUUUUGUAAUGCAAUAGAUAAACUGCUGAACUCGUUCUGUUUUUUUUCCUCAACGUAUAAUGGAUCAUCUGUUUUGACAGGAGAAAGUCUUUAUACAUGGAUAGAAAUGACCAGAGCUUGACCUGGAAUGAAACGUAAACCAGGUGUUCUCCACUCAUGCCAGAAAAGGUCUCUUUACUACUUACUCUUUACAGUUAACUUGAAUGCACUCUUUGCGUUAACAACUUGUUUCAUUAACCCGACGGUCCAAAUGUCAGACAUUUACCAAGCCAUUAGUUCUGGAAGCAAAUGGACGCUCUGUCUUAGGGACACUCCAGUGGAGGAUCCAGAUGCUCAGUCAAUCUGCCCUGCUGUCUCAAGAACCUGCUUUAUAUCAGUGUACAAUAUGUGAAGCUAGGGAAAUGCAAACCAUGGUAUUAAUGUAUGUUAUUGUUAAAAAGUCUUGUUAUUGCAUAAAUCUUAAAUGAAGACUUACUGCAUUUUAAAAUGUUUAAAUAAAAGCUAAUUUUAUUUAGAGGUUCUGUAGGGUUUUUAUAGCACUGUGGACGAACAGGAUCAUUGGCUGAAGGAUGGAACGGCAUCACUAUCAGUGCCCCUCCUGUCAUGUUUCUUGUUUCACUGUUUAAUGUCUCUGCCACAAUUAUAACUUCCCUCCGUGGGAUGGGGUUCGAACGGAAGACGUUGUCGUUGUGGAAUAACCUACAAAUGUAAAUGAAAUGUAUGUUCCCUCUCGGGCCAUGUUUUCACGUUUGGCCUUGUUCUGUGACGCACCCAGUGCAGUAUGUUAACUGGGUGUUCAAUGAAAGCAAGCCCUGAAUUAAACAAGUUGUUAUGCUACAAGAUGCACUGCAGUCUGUACGCUCACUAUGCUAUUGGCUUAUUUUACGUUGCACUCCAAGGACAUAAAAACUUGCAUAUUAAACCUUGUAAAUAUACUCAC